AUGCAGUGUACAAAGUGCAACUGUUCUCUGGACGAUUCUAACCUUGUAAAGUGCGUUAAAUGUCAAAACAGUUUGCAUAUCGCUUGUACUUCCCUUUCUAGCUUAUCUGGUGACUCUUUAAAAAACCGAGUUAGUUCAUGGCUAUGCUCCACCUGUGAAGCUGCAAAACUUGGAGUUAAGAAAACCACAUUGCAUACUCUUUCGGAUAUGGAUUACUCUACUAAUAUUGAUCACAUUCUUACUGCAGUUAAUGAAAUUAAAUCUACUCUUUCUAAACAUGAAGAGUUUUUUGUAAAACUCAAUAGAAAAAUUGAUGAUGUUUCAAAUGUCGCACCACCUCACUUGAAAAUAAAGUAA